AUGACUAAGGUGGAUCCUCUGCUGCAUUUUGCCUUACUGGUAUGGCUUUUUGAAUUUAUUGCUUUCAUCAAAUAUGUCAAUUUGGUUGGCUAUUAUCGGCUGCAUCCUUGUGAUCUUGUCCUGCCGCCAAUCUCUGUCCUCCGGCUACUUUCAUGGUUUGAUCAAGAUGUACUCUGCAUUCACUCCCGGCAAGUUAAAUACAACAACGUUAUCCUCCUAGACAUCGCCAUUCAGCGGUAUCCAUCCACUAUCAUGACUGAAACGAUGUCGCGUAUGCUGGGGCAGGAUAUCAACCUCAAGACUGAUCGUCAUAACCUGUCCGACCGUGAAAUCACCCCACCAGCACUCGCUCCUUAUUUAAACUCUGUUGAUUACAGCAACAUCAGUGGCUCAAUCACUGUCUAUGCUGACUCGCACUCGCAUCUCCAGAAAAUUAAGAGCGGGGAAAAGAUGGAAGCUGGAAUAACCACAUCAACACGCUACGGUUAUCGGAUGUUCCCCGACUGGCAAACAUCAUACCUUUGGUAUGACCCUCUGUGGCCCCAGAAUCCCAGCGAUGAAAGCCACGUCGACGAAAAGACGAUCAAGGAUCGUUAUCCUAUUCUGGCACCUUUCUAUUUGGCCUGGAGAGACGUAUACGAAAAAUCAUUUGAGCAACAAGGAUGUGAUAUGGGCAGUGGAUUGGAGCCCUUCCCCGACACUGCUGAUCGUGUAGCCUGGGAGGUAGAAGGCUUUCUGAUCGCUUGCUGGCUAGGGCUGCAGGACGACACCGAACAAGUGUUGUAUACACUUCCGACGGGCACCUAUCAGAUUGAUAAGAAGAGCAAAGACUCGGUUUUGCGGCAGUUCCUGAUAGAUGAGGACAACCUCCUCAGACGUGACGAUCGCUGA